AUGGCUUCUUCCGUCCGAUCGGCCAACCUCCUGCGCACCUCGGCCAAGCAGUUCCUGCCCACCAGUCUCGUCCCACGGGCCCGUCCGAGUGCCUUCCGAUCAUCGUUCUACUCCACCCCGUCCGCCGGGACGGCCCAGUCGUCCUCCGCGCCGCCGCCGCCGCCGCCGCCGCAUGCGGAGUCCAAGUCGUCCAAGGCCCCCUUGAUCGCCGGGCUCGCCCUCGGUGGUGUCGGCUUGGCCUACUACUUCUACGCCCUCGACUCCGACUCUGAUGUCCAGAAGAGAUACACUACCCCCAAAUCCGCUAACAGUAACCUCAACUUCCAGGCGGUUUAUAACGAUAUCGCCGCGAUCUUGGAGGACAGUAACUACGACGAUGGGUCCUACGCUCCCGUCCUCGUACGUCUCGCCUGGCACGCCUCUGGGACUUACGACAAGGAAUCCAAGACCGGUGGCAGUAACGGGGCCUCGAUGCGCUUUGCACCCGAAAGUAACCACGGCGCGAACGCGGGUCUGGGUGUAGCCCGGGAAAAGCUCGAGCCGAUCUACAAGAAGUACGCCCGCUCGGGGCUGACGUAUUCCGACCUCUGGACGCUUGCCGGGGUGGCUGCGAUCCAGGAGAUUGGUGGGCCCAAGAUCCCGUGGCGUCCGGGCCGCCAGGACGGAGUUGGGCCAGAGAGCUGUCCCCCGGAUGGCCGGCUCCCCGAUGGCGACAAGGACCAAGACCACGUGCGAAAAAUCUUCUUCCGCAUGGGCUUUAACGACCAGGAAAUCGUCGCCCUUCUCGGCGUCCACGCCCUCGGUAGAUGCCACACCGAUCGCUCAGGCUUCGAAGGCCCUUGGACUUUCUCCCCUACCACCUUCUCUAACGACUACUACCGUCUACUCUUCGACGAGAAGUGGCAGCCUCGCAAGUGGUCCGGUCCGCCUCAAUACGAGGACAAGAAGACCAAGAGUCUGAUGAUGUUGACGACGGAUAUGUGUAUUGUCAUGGACAAGAGCUUCCGCAACUGGGCUAAAAAGUAUGCGACCGACGAAAAAGUGUUCUUUGACGACUUCUCUAAAGCUUUUUCUAAGCUCAUCGAACUCGGCGUCCCGGAAGAAAACUUUGCUGGGAAAGCGCCAAUGACCUUGAAAACUUUGGAUGAACAAGGCAUCCAAAUCGCGUAG